UCAACGGUUGUUUGUGUUUGCCAGUUGAACGUGUUCUUAUGAAUUUACUAUUUUAAUUAUUGUAAAAUUAUUUUACUGGUGUGUCUGAUUGAUAAAAUUUAUCUGAACUUAUGAAACAGUAGUUUUAAAAUCUAUAAAUUUUAAACUGUGUCGUCAGUUAUAGCGAGGGAUGGCCCAGUUUAACUACUUGAACGAAAUAAAUAGUUUAGCCACCAUGGACGGGCCUAUAACUAGAGGACCUUUGCAAAGAUGGGUCAAGAAGUCAAACAACGAAAACAUUAAUCCCUCAUUAAGCUCAUCUUUGAAAAACAUUUCAAAUGCAAACUUAAGUUCUUGCAAUCAAUCUCUGCAAAAACUCUCGAUUACUGCAAAUCAAAGCUGCAAUAAUAGUGCUUUAUCUAAUAGUAAGACACCCACAAGAAAUGAAAAUAAGAAAGGCAAGAAAACUCCAUGUAAAACGAAGUCUCCAGGUCGAUCAACUACUCCAACUCCCAACAAAGCUUCGAAAACACCCAACAAAGCUGACAGAUUUAUACCUUCUAGAAGCAACUCCAACUAUGACUUGUGCCAUUACAUGAUGAGUCGUGAUGAAGAGAAAAGUGAAGAAGCUGUGUCACAAAUUGCAGCAAGUGAGGCCAUUGGACGGGUACUAACUGACACUGAGCCUGGACGCCUACUGCAGUACACAUGUAAAGCCCCUGCCGCACCCGAAGGAUACCAGAAUAGAUUACGAGUUGUAUACUCACAGGCCAAAGUUCCUUCAACAGUAAAAAACAACACAAGAUACAUUCCACAAGCUCCUGAAAGAAUACUUGACGCUCCUGAUAUUUUGGAUGACUAUUAUCUCAAUCUAGUUGACUGGAGUUCAUCAAAUGUGGUGGCAGUAGCUCUCGGUAAUGCUGUAUACUUGUGGAACGCUGGCACAGGGCAGAUUGACCAGCUCCUGACCCUGGAGGGCUCGGAGACAGUCAGCUCCGUGUCCUGGGUGCAGGGAGGGUCUCCGCACCUGGCAGUUGGCACCUCCUCUUCAACUGUUGAACUGUGGGACUGCUCCAAGACCAAAAGGUUAAGGCUAAUGGACGGGCACUCUGGUCGCGUGGGCGCGCUGGCGUGGAACAUGUACGUGCUGUCGAGCGGCGCGCGCGACGGCAACAUCGUGCACCACGACGUGCGCCAGCGGGACCACGUGCGAGCCACGCUGCACGCGCACACUAGGGAGGUAUGUGGUUUGAAAUGGUCGCUGGACGGUAAAUACCUGGCGUCGGGCGGCAACGACAACCUGCUCAACAUCUGGCCGCUCGCGGAGGGACAGCACUACUCUCAGCCACAGUACCUAUACUCCUUCAAUCAGCACCUGGCGGCGGUAAAGGGCUUGGCAUGGUGUCCGUGGAGCGCUGGCGUGCUGGCUUCAGGCGGCGGCACAGCGGACCGCACUAUACGGAUAUGGAACGUCAGCACUGGCGCCAACCUUAACACUGUCGACACCAAGUCACAGGUGUGUUCGAUCGUUUGGAGCACGCAUUACAAGGAGCUGAUAUCCGGUCACGGGUACGCCAACAACCAGCUGAUAAUCUGGAAGUACCCGACGAUGACGCGCGUGGCGGAGCUCGGCGGGCACGUGGCGCGCGUGCUGCACCUCGCGCUCUCGCCGGACGGCACCUCCGUGCUCUCCGCCGGCGCUGACGAGACGCUCAGACUUUGGAAAUGCUUCAUGUUGGAUCCGUCCAAGAAGAAAGGCCCCACAGACUCGAAGGCUGCUAAAUCUCUACUCAACAUGAACUCAUUGAUAAGAUAAUAAAUUGACAUUACGACGUUUGUUGUGAACUUUUGACUGAAUAUUGUGAUGUACACAUUAGUGGAUAAUUUUACUGUUGUAAUCAAUUAAGUUUUAUGUAUUAGGAUAUGUACACUGGUGUUGUAAAAUCAUUUUACGCCGUUUAAUCAACUUUGUUAUGUUGGUUAGGAGUUUUAAUUUUACAGAUUUUGGAUUGUUGUUUUUCUAAAAACUUUUGACAAUAUAGACAGGUGUUAACAACGUAUUUUUGACUGCAAUACGCGUAUUAAGAAUUAAAUGACAUACUCUGAGUCUUAAAUUUUACGACUCUGAGUAAGGCAAUUAGAUUUAAAGACUGAAAGGUUAAUUUGUAUUGCUUUACGAAUUUUACGAAUGUAUUAAGAAUUUGUUACGACUUGUCUAUAUUUUGAAAUGUUUUUCAACAAGUGAAGUUGAGGUCGUAAAAUGUUAUCUAUGUAUAAUUUUCUUCCUUCAUUCUGUUUUAGUUUUAUUGUAAUUAGUUUCAUGGAGAGACUUCAUUUCUCAACCUCGGCCUCCUUGUUCACUGACUUUAUAUUAGUAUUUUGCGGCUCACAAUGUGUAUUGUUUUCUACCCUAAUGGUGUUUAAGACGAUUUUAAUUAAUAACUGUGUUAUUUUAUUGAAUAAAAAUAAUGAACCUUGA